GAAAACCUCAAAUAAGGAGGAGAAAAAGCAGAGAAAUCCUGCCACCCAGCAUGGCAGAGUUAAGGCUUGUCCUCUUGGGGGAGAGCUGGGCAGAAAAGAGUCAAAUUGCAAACUCAAUUCUGGGAGUGUCUGCCUUCAGCACUGAAGAGCAACCAAACUCUCCCAUCAGAGUCCAUGAAAUGAUCCAGGAGACAAACGUGGUUGUCAUCAACACCCCAGAUCUGCUUCACUCAAAGAUUCCUCAAGGCAAACUUAAAGAACACGUGGAACAUUGUGUGAGCCUCUCUGAUCCUGGACCUCACUUGUUCUUGCUGGUUGUUCAACCUGAAAGCUUCACAAAUGAGCAACACAGGAGAUUCUGUGAAGUCCUGGAUCUCUUUAGUGAUCAAGCGUUUGAUCAUUCAGUGGUUCUCAUUUCAACAUCUAAGCUGAAGGAACCAAGUUUAAACAAGAACUUACAAGAACUGAUCAGAAGAUGCAAAAAUAACUCUCUCAUAUUUGGAGAUACUGAAUUUCCUGAGAUGCUGAGGUCACUUGGGAACUUUCUAAAGAUCAACAGAGAGAAGCAUUUAAUCCUUGACAAGCCGAGCAUCAAACCAAUGAGAGACGCUCGUUUGGGUUCUGCUGCUGAACGAGGUCUCAGGAUUUUGCUUCUUGGAGCAACUCAGUCAAAGAGGACACAACUCUGCAACUUUAUCAUUGAGAAAAAAAUUACUCGACUACCAACAUUUUAUCAAGCCAAGCCAGAUGAGCAAGGGUCGUGGAAUGGAAAGUUAUUGACUGUAGUGAAAACUCCUGAACUUCAGUCUCAUAAAGUCCUAAAAGAACUGAGAAGCUGUGUGAAUCUUUGUCCUCCUGGACCAAAUGUCCUGCUGCUCUUAGUGAAACCUUCAGACUUCACAGAGAAAGACGGACUCACUCUGAAGGACACCCUGAGUUUGUUCAGAGAAGAUGCAUUUCAACACUCAAUGGUUGUCAUAACUCAAGAAGGGAAUGAAACAAGUUUUGCUCUAAAUUCACUAAUCAGAGAAUGUGAAGGUCGGAAGUACAACCUAAGUGAAAAUAAUCACCAGAAAUUAAUGCUGAAUAUUGAAGAUAUUGCUAACAAAAACAGAGGAGCCUUCCUGACCGUCAAAGAAGGUGAAGAAGCCAUGAAAUAUGAACAGACCUCGCCUUGGAUAAACCUGGUUCUGUUUGGGAGGAGAGGGGCAGGGAAGACGGCAGCAGCCAAGGUCAUUCUAGGUCAGAGAGAGCUUCAGUCAGUCUCCAAGAUUUCAGAGAGUGUUAGAAACCAGGGAGAGGUGUUUGGACGUUGGCUUUCUGUGGUGGAGCUGCCUGCACUGUAUGGAAAAUCUGAGCGGGAAGUGAUGGAGGAAUCCUUCAGGUGUGUCUCCCUCUGUGAUCCUGAGGGUGUCCACGCCUUCAUCCUGGUCCUGCCUGUGGGUCCCCUCACUGAUGAAGACAAGGGAGAGUUACACACCAUCCAGGACACAUUCAGCUCCAGAGUCAAUGACUUCACCACCAUCCUCUUCACUACAGACUCAGAUCCUACAGCUCCAGCUGUUGAUAACUUUAUUAAACGAGACAAAGACAUCAAGGAUCUCAUUCAGAGCUGUGGAAGAAGAUACGUUGUUGUCAAUCGCAAUGACAGGAAGCAGUUCUCUACUGUAAUAGAGUCUGUGGAAAAGAUGAGACAGAAAUCCUUCACAUCAAACACCCUGGCAGGAGCCUACAAGGAUAAAGUCAUACAACUACGUAAGAUCAUCACCAGACUACAAGCCCAGCUGCCAAACCAGGCACCAAAAAUGAUCUUAAUGGGGGACUCGGAGAAGGAGGGGCCCGAGUGUCUCAGGAUCGUUCUGAUCGGGAAAACUGGCUGCGGAAAAAGUUUCUCAGGAAAUACCAUCCUGGGAAGAAACUACUUUGAAGCCAAACCAGCUCCAGAUUCAGUCACAAAGCGCUGCCAGAAAGCCCAGUGUGAAGUGGACGGCCGUCCUGUUGCUGUGGUCGACACUCCAGGCCUGUUUGACAACACUUUGUCUCAUGAAGAAGUGCAAGAAGAGCUGCUGAAAUGCAUGAGUCUCCUGGCUCCAGGUCCACAUGUCUUCCUGCUGGUCUUACCAAUCAGACGAUUAACACCAGAGGAAAAGGAGACUUUAAAAUUUGUAAAGGAAGGUUUUGGAAAAAGUUCAGAGAACUUCACCAUCAUCCUAUUCACACAUGGAGGUGAACUGGAACGUCAUAAUAAAUCUAUUGAAGGGUUUAUUGAAGAGAAUUCAGAUGAGUCCUUUAAGAAGCUCAUUGAGGACUGUGGAAGAAGAUACCAUGUGUUUGAAAACUACAACGACCAGGACCGUACGCAAGUCACAGAGCUGCUCAAAAAGAUUGAUGACAUGGUAGAGGAAAAUGGAGGCAGCUGCUUCACCAACGACAUGCUGCAGGAAGCUGAAGCAGCAAUACGGAGAAAAAUGGAAAAAAUUCUGAAAGAAAAGGAAGAAGAGAUGCAGCAAAAGAUUGAGGGACUAAUAAGAAAACAUCAGAAAGAAAAAGGCGACAUGGAAAGGGAGAUGAUGGAGGAAAAAGCAAAAACUGAACGACAAAUUAAACAGAAAGACAUAAAAAUCAAGUAUAUAGAGAAGUGUCUACAGGAGGCAGAGCAAGAAAAGAUUAAGGAGCAAGUCAGGAGAAAAGAAGAAAAAAGAAAACUGAAACGUGAGAAAGAAGAAUGGGAAGAAAAACUGAAAGAAGCUAAAACAGAAACAGGCAUCCAGAAACAUCAAUCAGUAUUAAAGAAGCAUGAAGCCUGGGAGAAAGAAGUGAAAAUGUUAAAGGAGAAAAACAAGCAAGAAGAUAAACAGAGGCAAAAGGAGGAGAAAAGACUGAAAGACGAGUAUGAGCGACUGAAACAAGAAUAUGAAAAACAGAAACAAGAAUAUGAUAUGAGAGCAGAAAAGGAGGCAAAGUUCAGAGAAGAACAAGAUGAGAAGCAUCAGAAGGAGGUGAAGAAACUAAGAGAGACUCAUGAGGAAGAAGCCAGAAAGAAAGCUGAAGAGUUUAAUGAGUUCAAAGAGAAAUACAGCCAAGAAUUUGCAGCUCAGAAAAAAGUGCAUGAAAAACAAAUGAAGGACAAAGAUGAGAAAUAUGACAUGCUGAAGGCGCUCAAAGAGCUCAACGAAAAGGAAGCCAGAGCAAAGCACCGCAAGCAAAUCGUCGACUUGGUGAAAUGUGUCACCAGAAAGAAAGAACAUGUGAAAAAAAUCAAGGAAUUGUUGACAAGACAUGAAAACCAGCUGAAGCAAGUGAAAAACGAACAGGAAACUGAAAACCUUCAGAAAGUUCAUGAACGAGAAAUAGAUGAACUGGUUGUGCAGCUUCUGGAUCAUGAAGAUCCAAAAUCAACCUGCAUCCUUUCAUGAGACGCAUCAGAAACUGUAACGCAGCAACAAUCCCAAAUGUUUUAACUUCCUGUCAGUUCUGCUUUGUGUUUCAGGAAGUUCAGAGCUGCGUCUCGAGUCAUGAACGGUUAACUUUGACAGUCUGGUCCUGUGUGCUCUGGUGAACUGGCUGCCGAAGUUUAAUCAGGAUUUGAUUCAGGAUUUCAGGGACUUUGUGACAACUUCAGCUCACAUAUCUCCUGUAAAUCCAGACCACUGGCUAAAGAGUUUUUAAACUUCAUUGACUCUUUUCACCUGAGAAACAUCACAUCCUGGACUUGGUGCUGACUUUUGACCUCAAUGUAAAUAUGACUGAGUUCUGUGAAACACAUUUUUCUGACCAUUUUUGCUUCACUGUUUUCUGUUAAACUGUCAGAGUGGGAUCACCUACCAUAAAUUCCCAAACUUUAUUCUCUGGCAUUUUUAGCAAAAUAAAUCCUUCUGAUUCACAAAACCUUUAUCCAGGUAAACUAAUUUCUCAUUGUAAUAAAACAUGGAGGUUUUGGACUCUGCAGCCCCGUUUAGGCUGGAGCUAAUGACACAAUGCUGGUUGAAUGAACAAACACAUGAACUCAGACAUGAACGCAGGUGGAGCAAAGAUCUUCUUCAGGUUUCUUUCUAAAUACUUCUUGUAAAUUAUCAAAGAGCUACUAAAGCUGCAGAAUGUAUGUUUCUUGUCAUUCCUUGUUUUUGAAACUGUCCCAAUAUUUUGUGCGUCCCGCUGACAGAGAUUCUGCGAACCUUCAUCUGGUCUCUGUGAAGACUUCCUGACCUUUGGUAGAAACAUUUAUUCUGUCUGGUGUGGAUCCAGCCGCUCCAACAGUUUUUGAAUGUUUUGAGCCUCUGUCCCUUUAUGAAUUUACUGAAAUUAUUAAAAGGUUAAAUCCUUCUCAUGCUCUCUGGACACCAUUCCCAGCUGUUGUUUGUAGAUUUUUGACUGUAUUGGUCCAUGUAUUGUUAAACCAGUGGGGCCCAAAGUCGGUUCUGGAGGCCCGGCAUCCUGCAUGGUUUAAUGCACCUGGAUCCAAUAACGGCUCAUUAUCAGGUGUAAGGAGAACGCUGACCUGCUGACCUCAGCAGUUCCCUCCCUGCUGUUGCUACCAGCAGGGAGGGAACCAGAACAUGCAGGAUGCCGGGCCGCCACCACCCACUUUGGGCACCCAGUUAAAAUGAUCAGUUCUUCUCUGAUGUCUGGAUGUUUUCUCCGAAGCAUGCUGUGGUUCAUCAGCCUCAGUUCAACCUGUUGUCUAGUUCCAGACUAGACUUUUUUUUUUUUUUUUAAGUAUUUGUUUUUAGGUGGCCUUUAUUUUGAGUCAAACUGACUGCUUUAAUCAGCUGAACUUCCUGGUGAUUCUGGAGGAAUUACGCCAAACAAUUCAUUGAGAUGCCACAGACUAAAUGAAAAUAUAAUCUAUUUUAUAUUUACAGACAGAAUAUUUGGAACUAGACAACAUUUCUGUGAAACAUUUUAGAGGAAGUUGCUUUUGCCCAACUUCAUUGUGACUUAAAUAAAAUUGGUGUAAAAUUUCAGUCUGGUUUUAAA